UGCUCACCAUGGGCUCGCAGUGAGCCAACAACCGGAUCACGGUGACCCAGCCCCUGCAUCACGGUGAUCCACGAUACUGUCUUCAUGCAUGAUCAUGCGCCGGUUCAUAUAGCAAAAGUGGUGAAGGAAUGGCACGACAAUUCAGGUAUUGUGCUGGGGCAAAGUGAGGUUCUCUCGGAUCAUGGGAACAACAACCACCCGACGACCAAAGGGAGUUCACCGCCUGCCAGGUUCGGUGGUAUUGCCAGCGAGGCUCACUUAGGCGGGACGCCUAAGUGACGCCAUUCCCAGAUUCUGGAAUGGUGGGGGUUUAAUGCGGGGGCCGACGACGACAGCACAGGAGUGUGUCGUUGCAAUUGUGAGGGAUUGUCUAAUCAGGGCAUUGUCAAUGGAAUGCACCACUGCUCUGGACGGCAAAAUGCAAACUUGAAGAUGUCGCGAAAACUG